AUGACUGACUGUCGCGUGCGACGUAUCACAGUGUACCACCACACCCUCAUCCUCACGUUCCGGCCGUUCCUGGUGAUUCGCGCCACCCUGCUCCGGGAAGACAGCGAAGGCGCCGGGCAGCCGCACCCGCCGCCGCCGCGCUGGCUCGACACCGCCUGCGAGUACUGCCUGGACGCGGCGCGGCACUCGAUUGCGUUUCUGAUCCGCGCGUUUGAAAAGAACGAAAUGUGCCGGGCCAUCCGCUACCAUUUGUUCUUCAUCGAAGGCGCCUCGCAGGUGCUGGCCUUUGAAAUCCUGCACCACGACGCCGCCGGCCGCGAGUCCAACCUGCCGUGGAUCCAGCUGGCCAUCCGCGCGCUGCAGCUGGUGCUGCCCAAGCACAAGGUUGGCCGGCCUCUGCCUGUCGAUCUGCCGAGCAACCUAGAGCGCAUGGUCCAGGUUGUGUACCCUGAUUUCCGGGCGGACCAGGUGGGCACGGGGACGGUGCUGCCGGGGAUUCCAUCGAUCCAGGCCAUGGGGCGCACGACGACGACGACGGCAGGGGCGGCGGCGGCGGGAGCAACGAAUGUAUGCACGGAUACGGCUACAGCUACAGCUACAACUACAGCUACGGCUACGGCAUCAUCUGGCAGCAUGGGCGACCACGACAUGACGAUGACGGACCAGGAGAGCGGAUCGGCAACGGCAGAUCCUCUGUAUGGCACGUCUGCCCCAAGUACGGGUGCCGGGGCGGGAAGCAGUGGUAUGACAGCCGGCGCACCACCGUCUUCGUUUGUUCCACAACAUCAGCUACAGCAGUACCAGUACCAGCAACGGCAGCAACAACAACAGCACCUCGUGAUGAACCCGCUUCCACCCACCAUGCCCGACAUGGGAGGAGGAGGGCUGGGCGGCGGAGGACCUCUCGACAGCAGCGGCCAGCAUGGCGGUGGUGCCACGGGCGCCAACACCAACACCACCACCCACCACGGCGGCCACUUUGGCAGCCUACACCUGACCGACCUCAGCAGCCUCAGCAACCUCAGCAACGCGCUGCCGCCGCUCCUCUUCCCCUUUACGCCAUUUGGCGGGCUCGACGACUCGUCGGCCACGUCGGCGCCACCCGGCCACAACACGACCGGCACAGUGUCGAUGCAGUCGCCACACGGGCCGCCCGGCAGUGGAGGGGGUGCUGGUGCUGCGCCUGGCAGUUCGUCGCAUACACCGGAUGCGCCCGGCACGGGCAGCGGGGACGCGCCACCGCUGGACCUGACGGCGGCCGAUCUGGGCUGGGACUUUGAUUUUGGCACAAUGAACAUGGAGGCGUUCCUGUCCAUCGACCCGACGAUGCCUUAUAACUAUUGA